AACUGUUUAGCUGUUGCUGCGCACUCUUUGGUAGAAGUUGGCCUCCACGCACACACACACAUGUCAGCGGAGUUUGUCCGUCUGUCACUUUGCAAAGCGCCUUCGCAGACAACAUGGACUCCACGACUUUCUGACAGCCGCGUGGAAAACGACUACCGACGCCCUUUUUCUUUUCUCCGACACUCCGCAUGUGGCGUCUCCUGUCCUCGCAUUUUGACAAGCGUGCUAACCCCCCCACUCUUCGCUAGUAUCUAGCUCGCUAUGCUAUCUGACUCCUGAGGUGCAACAUUGCUAUUUUAGUCGGCCUUUAUUUAUUUGACCUUUUUUUUAAAAAAAUUCCCGCCAAAAACAACAACAACAAAAAAGAGGACGAGAUGGGACUGCACCCGCUGGAGUUCAGCGAGUGCUACCUGGACAGCCCCAGCUUCAGGGAGAAGAUCAAGGCUCACGAAGCCGAGCUGGACAAAACCAACAGGUUCAUCAAGGAGCUCUACAAAGAUGGCAAGAACCUCAUCAACGCCACCAAGCAGCUGGGGAUGGCACAGCGCAAGUUCGCUCAGUGCCUGGGAGAGUUUCAGUUCGAGUACAUCGGCGACGCGAAGACAGACGACGAGCGGUGCAUCGAUGAGUCAUUGCAGGAGUUCUCCUCAUUCCUCAAGAACCUAGAAGACCAAAGAGAGCUGAUGAUGAGAAACAUCACAGAGACGCUCAUGAAGCCCCUGGAGAAGUUCCGGAAAGACCACCUUGGCACAGUAAGGGCGCAGAGGAAGAAGUAUGAGAAAGAAACGGAGAAGUACUACAGCUCGCUGGAGAAGCUUCUCAACAUGUCUGCAAAGAAGAAAGAACCCCACCUACUGGAGGCGGACGGCCAGGUGGAAGCCAUGAAGCAGCACUUCCAGGAGGAGUCGCUGGACUACGUGUGCAGGCUGCAAGAGAUCCAGGAGAGGAAGAAGUUUGAAUGCGUGGAGCCGAUGCUGGCUUUCUUUCAGACGGUCUUCACUUUUUACCACCAGGGUUUCGAGCUUGCCAAGGACUUCGACCAUUAUAAAAGAGCACUGCAGAUCAAUAUUCAGAAUACGAGGAGUCGCUUUGAGGGCGCUCGCUCCGAGGUCUACGAGCUCAUGAAAAGGAUCCGGGAGGUGCCUCAGGACUACAGGCAGACCAGCUCCAUCAGCUAUGAAGGCUACCUCUACGUCCAGGAAAAACGGCCACCGCCCUUUGGUUCCAGCUGGGUGAAACGUUACUGCACUUUUGUCAAAGAGCAGAAGAUCCUGCAUAUGGUGACCUUUGACCACAGAUCUGGUGGAAGGACUGGUGAGAUGGAGUCAGUUACCCUCAAGUCCUGCCUGCGCAAAUCCACAGACAUGUUGGACCGAAGGUUCUGCUUGGAGCUGGACAUAACAGACCGGCCAGGAACGGCCCUCACAGUGCAGGCUCUUUCGGAGGGGGACCACAAGUUCUGGAUGCAGGCCAUGGGCGGGAAGGAGCCUAUGGGACACUAUCUUGGAAGGACAUAUUCCAAAGAGAGAGGAAUCGAUGCCCAGCUGGAUGAAGUGGGUCUGGAUUUUGUGAAGAACUCCAUCAUCGCCAUAGAAACCAGAGGUAUCAAUGACCAAGGUCUGUACAGAGUAGUGGGAGUAAGCUCCAAGGUCCAGAAUCUCCUCUCGUUAAUGAUUGAAAAGAAGAGCGACGACGUGGACCUGUCCAACAGCGAGGACUGGGACGUCAAGACCAUAACCAGCGCGCUGAAGCUGUACCUGAGGAGCCUCCCCGAGCCACUGAUGACCUACGGACUUUACAAGGAGUUCAUCAGCCCUGCGAGUAAGACCUAACACAACUUUGUCAAGACUGCAAAACAAACAAGCACACACAGCUGCACCCGGCUUUUCAUAUUCCCAUU